AUGGGUGAUUUUAGUGCCUCAGACUGUUCUUGGAAAAAAAUGGUUAUAGCUAAAUCGAAUAAUAAAUGGAUAUCUACGAUUAAGUCGGAAGAUUCUACAAGUCCAAUUCAUUCAACAAUGAAUACUACAAAUUUAUCUAUUGAUUUUAAAAGUAUAAAGAGUGAGAAAGAUGAAGAUAAUUCAAAAAAUGAUGAGGUUGAGGCAGAGACUAUGGUACAAGAGAUGGACCCAUUACUUAUUGAAACUGCAUCUUGUAGAGUACGUCGAAGAAGUUCAACCUCAAAAAAUGAAACUCCCGAAGAAAGAGCUGCAAGACUGGCUAAAAUGUCGGCUUAUGCAGCAAGGAGACUUGCUAAUGAAACUCCUGAGCAACGCGCCCUGCGGCUCAAACGCAUGUCCGAAUACGCUGCCAAGCGACUAGCGCAAGAGAGUAGUGAACAGAGAGCGCGUAGAUUGGCACGAAUGUCGGCAUAUUCAGCCAAGAGAUUGGCUAAUGAAAGCCCUGAACAGAGACAGGCUAGACUGGUUAGAAUGUCUGCAUAUGCUGCUAAGAGACAAGCUAUGAAAAAAGUUAUUAAUCCCAGUCAAGAGAACAGCUUCACAUCAGAAUAUGCAAAUUAUGAUCCUACCAAUGUGAGCCAAACCAAAGCUGCGAAUGUAGAAUGUCACAGCUACAGAACAACC